GCAAAUUUUUGGGUUCCAUCUGCUAGUUGUACGCUUGGUUGUUCCGGAAAUAAUUUAUUCUACAGUAAUAAAUCAAGCACAUUCCGAGAAGACGGUCGUCGCUGGGGUUUGAUAUACGAAGAUGGUUCGUAUGCACAAGGAUUUCUAGGAAUCGAUACUGUGACGGUAAUUAAUAUUGGAGAAAGUGGUACAAAACAGAUGAAAAUUACCGAGCAGAUAUUUGGCCUAGCAACAGAAAAGGGUGGAUUUGUGAAUCAAACUAUAGAUGGUGUUUUCGGGAUGGGUUUUUCUGCUCUUGCAGAUCAUCAGAUCCCGACACCGAUUAGUCAGGCUUAUGAACAAGGAGCUAUCGAGAGUCCGAUGUUCACUGUGUGGCUGCAGCACAAUGUAAUUUUCUUAUGA